ACCCAGACCCUGGGCAGGAUCCUGGCACUGGGACAGAUCCAGGGAUAGGCUACACCACUCUGCCCUGAUCCUGGGAUUGGCACCAGCUUCUAGCCAGUACUUGGCAAAGCUCAUAAGACCUUUCAAUGGCUACAAACACUACAUCUCCUGCAGUGUCCGCCUCACUAAGUGUCAAGUUCAUCUUUAUGCUGGCUAUCAUCCUACUGUCAGUGGCACUGGCUGUGGGGCUUCCUGGCAACAGCUUUGUGGUGUGGAGCAUCCUGAAAAGGAUGCGGAAACGUUCCGUCACUGCCCUGUUGGUACUGAACCUGGCCCUGGCUGACCUGGCCGUAUUGCUCACUGCUCCCUUUUUCCUCCAAUUCCUGGCUCAAGGCACCUGGAGGUUUGGAGUGGCUGGCUGCCGCCUGUGUCACUAUAUCUGUGGAGUUAGCAUGUAUGCCAGUGUCCUGCUGAUCACAGCCAUGAGUCUGGACCGCUCGCUGGCGGUUGCCCUCCCCUUUGUGUCUCAGAAGCUUCGCACCAAAGUGAUUGCUAGGAGGGUGCUGGCAGGUAUCUGGGUGAUGUCCUUUCUGAUGGCCACACCCGUCCUCGUGUACCGCACGGUGAUCUUGGCAUCGAACAACAGGAGCCUGGUGUGCUCUUUGAAGUACGCCAACGAGGGCCACAGGGCCUUCCAUCUGCUCUUCGAGGCCAUCACGGGCUUCCUGCUGCCCUUCCUGGCGGUGGUGGCUAGCUACUCCGAUAUUGGGCGCCGGCUGCAGGCCCGGCGUUUCCACCGCAGCCGCCGCACCGGCCGCCUGGUGGCGCUCAUCAUCCUGGCCUUCGCCGCCUUCUGGCUGCCCUACCACGUGGUGAACUUGGCCGAGGCUGGCCGCGCGCUGGCCGGCUACCCUGCUGGGUCCGGGCCCACGGGGCAGCGGCUGAGCCUGGCCCGCAACGUGCUCAUCGCCCUUGCCUUCCUGAGCAGCAGCGUGAACCCGGUGCUGUACGCGUGCGCUGGCGGCGGCUUGCUACGCUCGGCCGGUGUGGGCUUCGUCGCCAAGCUGCUAGAGGGCACAGGCUCCGAGGCGUCCAGCACCCGCCGCGGGGGCACCCUGGGCCACACCGUGAGAGUUGCGGCCGCCGCCGCCUCUCCAGAGCCGGGCCCCACCGAGGGAAGCGAACUAAGCUAGGAUUGGGAAGGACGCUUGCUUUUCUCCCAGCGCAGUGACCCCUGCGCUGGGCUGACACAAUUCUGUAGGCGCAAGAGGAGCAGGAGCGUGGGAGAGCUGGGUGAAGCUGAGGAAGAGAGAGGGAUCGGGCGUGUGAGGACAGAGUGAGAGCUGUACUCCAGCUAGCCUCCAGCUGCAGCUUUAUCAUUCAAACUGAAGUCUGAAAUCGGGUCAGCCCUGAAUGUGGAGCAAGUUUUAUGGGGUAUUUGCAGGCGCCCAGAAGGAGUUCCUCUCAGUAGGGAGAGUCACACCCUUUAGUUCCCCAUGAUUUACA